AUUCGUUCACUUGUCUUGAAUGGAACAUGGCGGUGCUAGGCAGGAUGUGCAUAAGUUUUUAAUUUUGCAUUUAUUAUAAAAUCGAAGAUUUUUUAACUACUGUUUAUUAGAUGGUGAUUUUUUGUGAGCCGAAGUAGUUGUUAUUGUGCAAGGACAUCUAGUUACCAGCUCACUUUUACGCUACCUUGACUUUUUGCAAUGAAAUUUGUUACUUCGCUGCUGGUGUAAAAAUAAUUGUGACAAAUAUAACACAUUAUCUCAGCAAGCUGAGGGUGCCAUGGCUACGCUGAUCCAAGAGAAUGGCAUCAGCAUCAGCAAUCACAUUGUGCCUGACCACGAGUACUGCGAGCCGGCGCGGGAGCCCGAGCCGCAGGCCGUGGCGCCGCCGACGGCGCUCGACGCCGCCGCGCCGCCCGAUGACGAGGAGACCCCCGAAAUAGACAUCAUGAUAAACAAUGUUGUGUGUAGUUUUAGUGUUAAGUGCCACUUGAACCUGAGACAAAUAGCUUUGAACGGUGUAAACGUGGAGUUCCGACGCGAGAACGGGAUGGUGACGAUGAAGCUCCGGCGGCCGUACACGACGGCGUCCAUCUGGUCGUCGGGCCGCGUGACGUGCACGGGCGCCACCAGCGAGGACCAGGCCAAGAUCGCGGCGCGCCGGUACGCGCGCGCGCUGCAGAAGCUCGGCUUCCAAGUGCGCUUCCAGAACUUUCGCGUAGUCAAUGUAUUAGGAACCUGUCGAAUGCCCUUCGGAAUAAGGAUAACGGCAUUCUCCAACAAAUAUAGGGAGGCAGACUAUGAACCCGAGCUUCACCCUGGUGUCACAUAUAAACUAUAUAAUCCUAAAGCUACAUUAAAAAUAUUCUCUACGGGAGGUGUCACAAUAACAGCUCGCAGUGUGGGCGACGUACAGUCGGCCGUGGAGCGCAUCUUCCCGCUAGUGUACGAGUUCCGCAAGAUGCGCACACCCGAGGACGAGGAGCAGUUGCGCGCUCGGCGCGCGGCGGGCAAGGCUGGCGGGGGUAGCGGGGGCGGCGGGACGCGCGCCCCGACGGCGCCGCACCCCGCCGUGGCGGGCGAGCACGCCAACGCUUGGGAAUGACCGCCGCGCUCGCCGCGCCCGCGCGACAACUGACCAACUCAUUUGGCAUACAAAGCAAUAAUAGUGUGUGAAUUGUCGACGAGCUCCGUUGGUUCAUGCCAAAGAUAUUUAUUAGGAAGCCCGCCGGUCCCCCGUCCGGACGUAUUAUUUUCGUGAUGCUCCUAUUAACUCCUAGUUUGCUUAGGUGACGUCGAUUCGUUUUUGUCUAAACCAAAUUGUUUCUUGAACGAUUGAUUAAUAAUUAAUUACUAUGUUCAGAGAAUUAAUCUCGGUGCGAUACUCAGUUUCGUUUUUCGUUUGCAGUUAUGAUUGAUAAGUAGUAGUGAUAUUUGUAAUAGUGUUCGAUAACUUAUGUUUUACGAAAGAGAUGACUGAACGAUUAGUUAGAUGUUAGUAAUUGUAAAUAUAAAAAAAAGCUUGGACAUUAUACAUUUAAUUGAAAAAUAA